AUGGAUGAAUCUAAAUUGCCGAGGCGUACCAGUUGGUACGGUAAACUAGUCCUGUUACACUAUAUAUCCUCGUUAUGUAUCUGGGUCAGUGUAGAAUUACUACUGUUGACAUUUUUUCUACGGCACGAUGAAGGAAGAUGGCCAUCCAUGGAUACCAUAUCUCACACGGAUCCAGCUAAAUUCUGGGCGUAUAUUCGCCCGUUGUUCCAAUGCGGUCUUAUCGCGCAAUGUUUGACAUCAAUAUACGCAUUUCUAGAUGGAGAAAGGCGUGCCGCACUUAUAGGGAUCGCUUUGGAACAGUGUAUACGUGUUGUUGCUGUGUAUUUUGUUGCGCUACCAGUGCUACGCGGAUCCGUAUCAAUUCGCUCACUCUUGAUCCUUGUUAGCGGUUGGACACUUUUGAACAUUCUUCGGUGCUUGGAUGCAUUAUAUGCACGCAAGGGAGCUAGGCAUGGGAUGUUAGAGUGGCUCUCACACAAAGUGUUCCUUCUGUUAUAUCCGCUGAUAGCGUUCGAGGAGAUAUGCCUGUUGCGCACGUCAACACAACAACUACACUCUGUUCCUAUCGCUCGCGAGUUCCCUAGCAGGAUGCCUAACAUUUACAAUUUCGAAGUUGAUGUUUACUCAUUAUACCGCGCACUGCCAUUCGUGAUGGCACCGUGCUCUGUACUUUUCUACUGCCUCAAAGUACAAAACCGAAAGCUAAAGGACAUAUAA